AUGGAAGAAUUCAAAUAUCCUCCUCUCAAUCUGGAUAAGCCUGCGAUUCGGCUACUCUGCCUGCAUCCAGGAAAUAGCGGCGUCAUAUCUUGCCGCCUUAUCUUGGCAGAGUUGCAUCAGCGAGAUACUAUGGUUUCUUAUGAAGCUCUCUCCUACACCUGGGGCUCCCCCAAUCCUACCGCAAUCAUUUAUGUUGAUGGUUGCUGUCUGAGGGUUACCUAUAAUCUCUACCAAGCACUGCUUGACCUUCGCUACCAGGAACAGGAGCGCUUCUUGUGGAUUGACGCCGUGUGCAUUGACCAAAAAAACAAGAAAGAGAGGGGACAUCAAGUUGCACAAAUGGGGAACAUCUACAAGGAAGCCGAUCGUGUGAUUUUCCGUUUAGGUCCGGGGUCAAAUGUGACAAAUGUCUUUAUGGAAAGCCUGCAGUGGCUGCAGAGAGAGAGCCUCAAACAAGCUUGUAAAGCCUGGUCACCUCAAGAUGGCCGUUGGAAGGAUCUUUGGACUUCUUUCCAGACGGUUUGGGAGGAAGUUAAUGCUAAACUCGAGGACUUACAACGACAAGGUCUGCAAGAAAUUCUGGAGCAACCUUGGUUUCGAAGGGUCUGGAUUUUACAAGAGGUGGCAUUUGCAAAGGCCGGCAUUAUAUCUUGUGGUACAAAAUCUGUGUCGGCCCGCCUUUUCAGUCUUACUCCUCUGCUCUUGAGAGUUACCCCAGACUCUCACUGUCAAUCUGUUCUCGACAUCAUGCCAUCUCUCUGGAGGAAAUUCACACGGUCGAGCGAGAGCCGAAGCCUUUACAGGCUCCUAUUAAAUUUUGGGAGAAGUGAAGCUACCGAACCGCGAGAUCUCGUUUACGCUUUACGAGGCAUGUCUUCUGAUUUAGCGGGCAAACUCAACGAUGUCCUUUUUCCAGAUUACUGGAAGAAAGAAGAAGACCUAAUUAAUGAUGUUAUUCGAUAUAUCUACCAUAUUGAUUUGAAAAACUUGACGUGGUGGCCGCGACCAUCUUCGAUACGAGAGCUAUUGAGGGACUUACCCGCGCUCGGAACGAAUUUCUGCAUGGAAAUAGUAAAAAAGUCACUGCCAUCCGAUAUGGAGAUGCUUCUCCAAAAUCCCGAAAUCUUGGUCAGUCAGGAAGUAAUCAAGGCUGCAGCA